AUGGCUUCGGAACAACCAGAAAAUGAAACUUCGGUUUUGACGAAGUGGGGUCCAGUUGUAGUUUUCAACGGCAAAAACUACCCCUUCUUCGAGAACUCGGUCGUAAUGGCUAUGGUGGCAGCAAACACACUAGGGUUCCUUAGUGACACUGAAACAACAGUAGCGGUACCAGCAGAAACAGACUCAGAUAUGCAAUGA